AUGCUGGGAAGCACCGUGGUGCAAUACUUGGGUGUUUUAGUGGUGGUGACAGCAGCUUAUGUGAAGCAGCAGCAGCAAAGCGUGAGUCAACGACGGGAACGGGUUUCAUCGCCGGCUCCCCCCACAACAUCCACUUCUUCUUCCACUUCCUCCUCCGCCGAAAAAGUCUCCAAUGCCCCUCCCGAUCGCCUCGAUUCUCCCCCUCCGUCCUCCUACUACACAUUUCCUCUCAUAAUGGCGACCCCCGUUGACUCCUCACAACCCCCGGCUGAAAUGCAAUCCCAGCAAUCCUCAUCAUCCCCAGGCGCUGCCGCUGCUGCCGCCGGCGCCAACGCCUCCGCUAAGCCCGCUAAACCGCAGCAAUCACAGCCCGCCAAGCAACAAUCACAACAGCAACAAUCACAAUCCAAAGGGAAGGAUACUGCCGCCGCUGGUGGAGAUGGUGCCGCGCUCUCCCCCGCCGAAUUGAAGAAGAAAGCCAAAGCUGAAAAGGCCGCCCGUCGCGCUCGCGAACGCGCCGAACGUGAACAGUCCGGUGGUGGUGCUGCUGCGCCCGGUGGGGGUCAGUCAGCUGCUGGUGGUAAGAAGGGCGCGUCGGGUCCUGGUGGUGCCGGGGCUGGUGGAAAGGAUGCUUCUGGUGCUGCGACGCCUCAGAAGGGUGGUCAUCAGAAACAGUUGCCUCGCCGGGGUUCGGCGCAGGCGACCGGCCAGCUGGGGGCGGCGGAGUUGAAGAAGAAGCAGGAAGAGAAGAAUGUCUCGGUCUUUGGACAUCUGUAUGGUCAGCAGCGCAGGACUACGAUUGCUGGCGCUGGAAAAGAAGUUCAUCCGGCGGUUUUGGCGCUGGGCAUGCAGAUGAGAGAUUAUGUGGUUUGUGGUAGUAGUGCCAGAUGUGUUGCUACUUUGUUGGCUUUCAAGAGGGUAUGUCUUUAUUCUACUGAUAUGCUGUGGGGCUCAGGAUGUGUUAACGUUUGUCAGGUUAUCGAAGCUUAUACUACCCCCUUGGGAACCUCUCUCGCCCGCCACUUGACUACUCACCUCUCGCACCAGAUUACCUACCUCUCUACAUGUCGUCCCUUGUCUAUCAGUCAGGGUAACGCUAUUCGCGCCCUUAAGCUCGCCAUCUCCUCCAUUGAUCCGUCUGUCCCCGAAGCCACCGCCAAGGCCUCGCUGUGCGAUUUCAUCGACAGUUUCAUCCGUGAGAAGAUCACCGUCGCCGACCAGGUCAUUGCCGGCAGCGCAGCACAGAAGAUUCAGGAUGGAGAUGUGAUCGUCACAUUUGCGGGCAGCUCGAUCGUGAAGCAGACGCUGUUGGCAGCACACAAGGAGGGCAAGCAAUUCCGCGUUUCCAUCAUCGACUCGCGACCCCUGUUCGAGGGUAAGAACCUGGCGCGCACGCUCGCCAACGCCGGUCUGGACGUGCAAUAUUCCCUCAUGAACGGCAUCAGCCACGCCAUCAAAGACGCCACUAAAGUGUUCCUGGGCGCCCACGCCAUGACCAGCAACGGUCGCCUGUACUCGCGCGUCGGCACCGCGCUGGUCGCCAUGUCAGCCAAGGAGCGCGCCGGCGGCGUCGAGGUUCCCGUCAUCGUAUGCUGCGAGACAGUCAAGUUCACAGACCGCGUCGCGCUGGACAGUAUCGUCGUCAACGAGAUCGCGGACGCCGAUGAGCUGGUUACGGUCGAGCCAGUUCAGCAGGAUUGGAAGGAGUCGGCGAAUCUGCAGCUGCUGAAUAUCAUGUACGAUGUGACGCCGGCGGAUACCUAUAGUGCAUCGGAUGAGUACGAAUAUCAACAUGGUUUCUCUGGUGACUGGAUGUACUCCGUAGCUGGUGAAAGCGGUGAUUUCACACCGGACUUCCAUUCCGUAAACUCAUCGCAACAACUUCAACACCAACACUCGUCACAAACACAACAACCAACUACCAACACAUCACGUCUCAAUUCAGUCCACAAUAAUAAUACUCAACCAUACACUAAACAUACCACUACACACUACCUCACCUCCACUCCAACUCUAAUCCGCGUUCUGCAUUCAAAAUGGUACCUCCCCUCCAUCCCAUCCCCAUCUCAUCCCCUCACCACCACCACCACCACCUCUUCAUCCUCCUCCCCUAUACUAACAUGA